AGCAUAAGGGUUGACACUUUUUCACACCAACUACUCUCUCUCUCUCUGUAGCCAAAGCUUAUCCUUCUCCACUUGUUGUUGUUGUUGUUGUUGUAUCUUCUAGAGGGAGAGAAGCAGCAUCAACCAUAAGAAAAAAGAGCUCAGUUUCUGAGAGGUAGAAGAGAUGAAUGGUGAUGAACCUUACAGUGCUAUUGAGUCACAGUACAUUAGGAGACAUCACAAGCAUGAACUCAGGGACAAUCAGUGCACUUCUGCACUUGUCAAACACAUAAAGGCCCCUGUUCAUCUUGUGUGGUCUCUGGUUAGAAGAUUUGAUCAGCCUCAGAAGUAUAAACCAUUUGUGAGCAGGUGUAUCAUGCAAGGAGACCUUGGCAUUGGAAGUGUUAGAGAAGUGAAUGUUAAAUCUGGUCUUCCAGCAACAACUAGCACUGAGAGGUUGGAACAGCUUGAUGAUGAGGAACACAUCCUUGGUAUCAGGAUUGUUGGAGGUGAUCACAGGCUCAGGAACUAUUGUUCCAUAAUCACUGUCCAUCCGGAGGUCAUCGAUGGAAGACCCGGUACCAUGGUGAUUGAGUCAUUUGUGGUGGAUGUGCCUGAAGGGAACACCCGAGAUGAAACUUGUUACUUCGUGGAGGCUCUGAUCAGGUGCAACCUAAGCUCUUUGGCUGAUGUCUCAGAGAGGAUGGCCGUGCAGGGUCGAACCGAUCCGCUCAACCAUUAAGCAUGUCUAAGGGAGAGUGAAGUGUUGGGUAUGUGAUCCAUUGCAUUCAUUCUGCCCAGUUCAAGUGUGGAGAUUGGUUGGAUUAGUCCUUCCGUGUUCCCGAAAGUUUUGGAUGUUCAUUUUCCUCUUAUCGUGGACACCUUCCCUGCAACCAUCCUCCUACAAUUUUAGCUGUGUAUUUCUCUUUUGAACAGCUGAGUCUCUCUUCUACAGUUUUUGUAAGAUGAGAUUCUGGAUUUCAAAAGCACACAGGGAUGGGAGUGGGGGAAGUUGUUUUUUACUGCUAAAUUCUUCCUGGUGGUGUGUUACUACAGUUAUUUGUAAAUAUUUUUGUUGGAAAAAAAAGACAUUUCUGUAGUUUUUCAUGUUUAGUGGCAACUAGAAACUAUUAUGUGCUGGUGGGAGAGGUCCCCAAACAGUAGAUAGUACUGCCUUGUUACUUUGGUUUACUUUAAGUAAUGUUGUACUUUUUGUAA